AUGUACGCUGCCUCGGACGUCUGUUUUGUCUCGUCGAUCCGGGACGGGAUGAACCUGGUUUCGUACGAAUACGUCGCCACGCAGAGAUUUCGACGUGGCGUCUUGCUCCUCUCGGAAUUCGCCGGGGCCGCCGAGGCCCUGCGAGGGAGUGUCUCGUUCAACCCGUGGGACGUGAACGGCACCGUCGACGCCCUCGGUCGUGCGUUGACCAUGGAGAUGCACGAGAGGAGUGUGAACCAUGAGAAAUCGGAAGAGUAUGUCUGGAAGAAAUCAAGUGCCGUUUGGGGUAAAUCCUUUGUAUCGGAUCUCAAAAGGUCAAGGGCAAAGGCGCUGGCCGCCGCUGCCUCGGCCACGCACAUUCGAGACAUGGCUUACGAGGUGACCAAGGCGGCCAAGAAGAACACUCCCUCUCCAGACUGCGGACCUAUUUGGAGACGAAGAAGAAGAAGUAUACUAUUACGAAGGGAGACGAGUUGA